GUGAGAUAUAGGAUAGUUGUCUCACGGCUAGGACUUGUGUAGGACAUGUUGAAUUUUUGAGCCGCUUAUCCACCAGUUCGAAUCCAAGACGACUUUUUUUUCACACAUGGAUCAAUAAAGUGAUAAAAAAACAACUCGGAAAUCCUUCGAAAUCGGCCUUCAUUUUUGACCGGGUCGAUACCGCCCGAAAUUGCACCCCUAAAAAAUGAGUGUCAAAUAUCAGCGAUAAAGGAAGGGAGAGGGGUUAAAAAUGGAUUCUCAUGGCGCGGGUGUGGUUGCAAUUUUGGGAACAGUUGGAGCAGCGACAGGGGCGAUUUCAGCAGUACUCGUCUACGCGAUUUGUGCUCGUCGUCGUCGUUUGCCUCUGCUCAAUCCCGGAGGUCCUCUCAACUGGUUUGAAAAGGACCUCCUGAAUAGAGCAGCAGAAGAGGAAAGGUCGAAAGAAACUACUCUGGAUCUUGGUUACACCAAAAAACUUCCAAGACAGAGUAGCAGUCGCAAUGAGGAAAUUUGGCAACUAAACGAUAUUGAUAACAGCCAAAGAAGUUCACCCAGAAAAGCAAAACGGCAUUUGUCAUCGGAGUGCAGUUGUGAUGAUGCAAUUGGCAUAUCAGUAAGUCCAAUUGCACCACCUUUACCAGGAGGAGCUGUUGUGGCUUCCGAUGACCGAAUGGUUAUUUUAAAAUCCUUACCAAGGUCUUCAGGCAGCUCUUCAAAUUCAAGGUUGAAUAGUGCCGACAGUGAUGAAGUUUCCUGUCCAAGAUCGGCAAACGAAACCAGAGGAGAAAUAGAAAUGUGUAUUGUCUACGACGCCUCUUCUGGAAUCCUCAAUGUCAAACUCGUUGAGGCACGUGAACUUCGAGCUCGUGAUCUGAGUGAAACUGCAGACCCUUAUGCAAAAAUAAGGCUACUGCCUGAUAAAAGCAACGUCUGGCAAACCAGAAUUCACAGGCGGACUUUAAAUCCAGUUUUCGACGAGGACUUCGUUUUUGAAGUCCCGCCCCAUUGUUCUCUGGCUGAGAGAACGUUGGAAAUCCUUCUUUUUGAUUUUGAAGCACUAUCCCGUCACCGAGGAAUUGGAUACGUUCAGCUUCCUCUUUCAACUGUUGAAUUAAACUUAACCCCCAAAACUAUCACGAAGUCUGUUCUUCGUUAUGGUGCUGAUGGUUUUAAAGCACCACCUCUUGGUGAACUUAUGGUUUCGUUGUCUUAUCAACCCUCUUCUGAGAAACUUACUGUUAUCGUCAUCAAAGCUCGGAGUUUACCGAGUGCUGAUGACCCUGGUACUACAUUUGAACCAUACGUCCAGGUGGCAGUCAUCCGGGAUGACAAAAGCGUGAAGAAAAAGAAAACAGGAGUUCGUCGUGAAGGUUCAAGUCCUGCAUGGAGUGAAAUUUUGAAUUUUGAUAUAUGCAGCGAGGCACUGGCCACCUCAAAAUUACAGUUUUCCGUACUACGAGCAGCUGGUCAACUCCUAGCCAGAUGCGAAGUUUCCGACAAUUGCCAUCGGGAGUUAUUCCGAAGAGUUUUAACUGGUACCGGAGCUUCUGCCCAGUGGCUUUCAUUAACCGAGCCCGAUAAUUGUAGCGUCAACGAAAACGUUGAGGUUUCCUUGACCUGCGGCCAACCUGUUUUAAUAAACUUGAAUUAAAACAAUCGUCCCUUUUUGGGGAAAUUACUAUUAACUGUCAAGAUAAAAAAGGAAAAUUCUCAAGACUUUUAGAUUUUGUGAUUAGAAGUGGUUGCGUGGGCCAGACUUGGUUUGUCCACCCGUCGUAAGUGAAAAUGUGCAGCGAAAAAAUGUACAAAAUGAUUUAAAAAAACCUACUAUAUCAUCGCUUUGCACAAAGCCUGUUACGUUUGCAAACCUUAAGCACAUCUACAAUCAAAACUGAUCUUAAAUCAAAAUCUGAUCCAAAAACAAAAUCUGAGUUUUUCCAAAAUUCAAUUUUGUUUCGUUUUUGCAUUUCCCUACACUGGAACCUGGAAUUAAGAACUUUGGACUUACGAUAUAAUAGAAUUAAAGUCUCCAGUAUUUUGUCGAUGCGGGGAUUGAGGGACCGAAAGAGCAGUGUCCAAAACCAAUAGAAAUGAUUCACGCGGCCCUGCCUAUUCACGCUUAGAUUCCCUGGACUUACGAUCACGGCCACUGCAAGCCAUGCCCGAAACUGUUGUUAAGUCCAGGUUCCAGUGUAUUUAGGGGUUCAUUUUUGAAAUGCAACACAAUAAAUUGCUAGACUAUCCUUAACUUGAUCCAUAAUUUGAAUGAUAUAUUCUUUUUAAUUUUCAAUUUAAAUUUAGAGUCCAGUCAUACAUUCCGUUGACCAAAUCAGUAACCAUUCAAAUUUCGUUCUUAUCUAAAUUAUUCUAACAUUAGUUCUUGCUAGAAUAAACUUAUGCAUUCGUCUUCCAGUGAAAACUUCGAAACUUUAAUAUUGUAAACUCAACAAAGAAAAUACGCAGACGCACAAAUGCAAUUGUUUGCUAAAUGCAAUUGUUUGUCCAAUGCACCCGCAAUUUUGUUUGACAGAGUACUUUAUCACUUGUUGAAAGUUCCUUUAAAAGCUGUACGUUUUCAAUGUCUUAUGUACGGCUAACGAAUGCAUUUUAUCUACAAAUAUAAAUAUAUAUUGUGAAAUAUAAAUCUGUAAAAUUGUAUGAUGCGACUGCAACAUCAUUUUAUAAGGCUUGGACCUUGCCGCAUAUAUAUAAAAAAAACUAUUUUUUCGAACUGUUUCAUUUGACUAUUUAAAUGUAUCUCUAGCAUAGAAAAGUACAAAGGAUAUGGAA